AUGGGUGGGAGCGAGAACUCGAAGGCUAUGGUUGUGGGUCGUUUGUCUGAUUCCAUCAGGGAGAUUUCUGGGUUGCCCGAAUGUCAAAACGUUUGCAAGAGGAUGUAUGGGAAUUUGAUCCGUAGGGUGAAGCUUCUGAGUCCUUUGUUUGAGGAAUUGAAGGAUUGUGAUGAAUCCCUUUAUGAUCAACAGCUUGAAGCUUUUGAAGCUUUAAGGGUUGCUUUGGAUUUGGCUAUGAUUCUUCUCAAGUCUGUUAACCAAGGAAGUAAACUUUAUCAGGCUUUAUGGAGGAACGAUGCAGCGGAUAAGUUUCAACAAGUAACUGAAAAAAUUGAAGCUGCAUUGAGUGAUAUUUCAUAUGACAAACUUGAGAUAUCAGAGGAAGUUCAAGAACAGAUUGAAUUGGUGCAUGCUCAGUUCAAAAGAGCGAAAGCUCAAACGGAAUUCGCUGAUUUACAGCUAGAUUUGGAUAUGGCUGUAGCACUGAAAGAAAAAGACCCUGAUCCUGCUAUACUCAAAAGACUUUCUGAGAAGUUGCAUCUUAGGACUAUAAAUGAUUUAAAGAAAGAGUCUAGUGAAUUGCACGAAUUGGUCAUAACAAGCGAUGGAGAAUUAUCGGACAGUUUUGAAACAGUCUCGUCUCUUCUUAGGAAACUGAAGGACUGGGUGCUCACUGAAAAUCCUGAGGUUGAUAGUGCAUAUGAGAACGAGAAAAUGUCAAUUAAGCACCGGUCUCCUGUAAUCCCAGAUGAUUUUCGAUGUCCUAUAUCACUUGAACUAAUGAAAGAUCCUGUAAUUGUCUCUACCGGUCAGACAUAUGAAAGAUCCUGCAUUCAAAAAUGGCUCGAUGCUGGUCACAGAACUUGCCCUAAAACACAGCAAACACUUCUGCAUACAGCCCUUACUCCUAACUAUGUUUUGAAGAGUCUGAUUGGUUUAUGGUGUGAAAGCAAUGGUGUUGAGCUACCGAAGAAGCAAGGUAGCUGCAAAACAACGAAAUCCGGAACUAGUCUUUCCGAUUGUGACAGAAUUGCUAUCAAAGCUUUGUUGGAUAAAUUAACAAGUAACGAUAUUGAACAGCAAAGGGCGGCUGCUGGCGAGCUCCGAUUGCUAGCCAAAAGGAAUGCUGAUAAUCGAGUAUGUAUUGCCGAGGCAGGAGCAAUACCGCUUCUCGUAGAGUUGUUGUCAUCUGGUGACCCUCGAACUCAAGAGCACGCCGUUACAGCACUUCUCAAUCUUUCCAUCAACGAGAGUAACAAAGGAACUAUAGUAAAUGCAGGAGCUAUACCAGAUAUUGUUGAUGUACUGAGAAACGGAAGCAUGGAGGCUAGAGAAAAUGCAGCCGCGACUCUCUUUAGUUUAUCGGUUCUCGACGAGAACAAAGUUGCAAUAGUUGCUGCACUGAUACGGUUUAUGAAGGACGCGGGGGGUGGGAUGGUUGACGAAGCGUUAGCUAUAAUGGCAAUCCUUGCAGGCCAUCAUGAAGGCAGGAUGGCGAUCGGUCAGGCCGAGCCAAUCCCUAUUUUAGUUGAGGUUAUACGAACCGGAUCACCGCGUAACCGGGAGAAUGCGGCUGCAGUUUUGUGGUCGGUAUGCACAGGAGAUUUAGUGCAACUGAAACUAGCAAAGGAACAUGGAGCAGAAGAAGCACUUCAAGGAUUAUCAGAAAAUGGAACAGAUAGAGCUAAGAGAAAAGCUGGAAGUAUAUUAGAACUGUUGCAAAGAAUUGAAGGGGAGGAUAGUUUGCAAAAUUCCUAG